CCGCGGGCCCCUCCGCGGGGUGCCCGGCCGCUCCGCUGCAGGCAGCUUCCCCGGGGCGUUUCCCCGGCGGCCCGGCCCUGCUCGGCGGGCGCCCCGCGGCCGCCCGCGCCCGGGGCGAUAAAAGGGGCCCCCCGGAUGCUCCUCCUCCUCCUCCUCCUCCGGCGGGCGAAGGCGACGCGGACACGGCGGGGAGCGGCGCGCGUGGCGGCGGCCCGGCCAUGGCGUCGCGGGCAGGAGGGCUGCCCCUGCCCCUGCUGCUGCUGCUGGCCGGCCCGGUGCGGGGGACCACAGACACAGAUGUGACAGUGACAGUGUCCCCAACUUUAUCUGCCUUCUCGAGACCUAGGGAGACCUCAGCACUUCUGCCCACCACUACCUCCACCAGCACAGCCACCACUCCUCCCUCCAGCCCUGAAGUGGAAAGAGGGACCACCCCAGAGGAGAAGUCCAGCACGCCACCGUACAUCUUUACAGCCAGCACUGCAACUACUUGGGGCAGCAGCCCUGCAGCCUCUAAUAUCACCGUGCUGUCUGAGAGGGGCAGCACAACCCACAGCUCUGCCAGUUUGCCUGCUGGCACUACCACAUUCCAGGUAGUCUCCAUCACCACAGGAAAGGGGACCACCACUGAUGCCCAGUCUCCAACCACUGCAACCCUGACAUCCACCUGUACUGAGACGACAGCCAGCACACCCAUGGGGACCAGCACAGCUCCAGGCAUCAGUCUGACCAGAGGCGACACAAGCAUGGUGCCUCCUUCUACCUCUCCCCUUCUUACUUCCACCAUGGAGGGCACCACACUUGCCACGAGCACCAGUUUAGAGCCAGCCAUGACCUCACCACUUUGCAGCACAUCCCAGGAGACCAGCAGUACGUCUUCAUCUACAAUGACUCUUCCCAUCACGACAGAAGAGACAGCCACUCUGGCUGGGUCCUCGACAUUGCUGGAAGGCACCACAAGUGCCUCUCUCACCAGCACGGCUGUCUCAGAGAGCACUCUCACUGCCACCCAGCCAGAGACCACAGCUGGGACCACCCCUGCUAUCUCCUCCUCGACCUCAGGGACAGCCCUGGACACCACAAGAGUGCCUCAAACCUCAAGUGCAGCAACAAGCACUGCUAAUGUAACCUCACUUUACCCAUCAACGGAGCCCUCAUCCCCUGCCACUGACUCAACCCAGAGUCCAGAGGUUACCAUCAGCACCACUGCAGACGAGCCAGUGACACCGCUUGUUUGCCCCAGCGCCGUGACUAACACCAGUGCAUCAUCUCACCUCUUUCUGUCACUGCGCCUAACCGUUCCCCUGGACCUUGAAAGCUCUGUGGCCCAGGAGCUGAUUUUGUCCAAGCUCCGUGGGGAUCUGCAGACUGCGUUCCCGUGUGCUGGCUUCAUGGUGGAGUGGAGAGGGAAGAGGAGGACCUGAAUGCUCUCCUCCCAGCCUGAGGACCUGCAGGGCAGGGAACUGAGUAAAUUUGCAAGCAUUCUGCUCUCGAUUCCUUAUUCCACGAUGGUGUGGCUCUCUAGGGUGACCUGUGCAGCUCCUGUUGAACCCAGACUCCCCCAUCCAACAUUACACCCCGAUGCCAAUGACCACCAAAGCACCCUGCACCCUGUUCUCCCGGGCUGGGGUUGUCCCUGUCACUUCCUGCAGUCUGUAUGCAUCUUGCCCCGUGCAUCUUGCUCAAGCUCUCCUAUGGCCUUGUACCAGUCCCAAUGUCCACAUUUGGGACCUUCUGCUGUCCCCUGGUUCUUCUGGGCAGCUGGAUGGAGAGACAGGCUGCCCGUGAGCCCCUACAAGGGCUUUCAUGGUUGGGAUGGCAAUGAGGGAUGGCUGAUUUUAUGAAUAUGGGCCAUAUCAACCCUUUUUAUGGAGCUGAUAAAUAAGAGAAAGGAGAUCUGGAGACCCUGCUCCUGGGCUAGUUAACACUGGUAGGUGGCAGGUCUCUAUGUCCAGAGCUUAGUCUGUUGGUACUAGUAACCUCCAAGGCUUUGCAGUCUGGAGAUAUUGCAAUAUCAGAACCCUUGGAGAGCUGCUGCUAGAUGGGAAAAAGCCAGAGGGCCUCUUUGUGUUCAGAGCAGGGCCAGGAUGGAGUCCAGGGGUGGCUCUGGGAAUGAAACAGAAGAGGAAAUGAACCCCCGUUUUCCAUCUGAGUACAGUUCUGGGUACAGCCGUGCUCUUCAGCUCUCAGCAUGGAGCAUGAAUGAAACUGAAGCCCAUCAGGUCUCCCUCCUGGGCCUGCCUGUGAUAUUGGUAUUGGAGCAGUGCACCCACACCAACGCAGGCAGGCAGUAAAGAGAAAUCCCGCAUUUUUCAUGGCAAAGAUGAUGUCGUCUUUUUUUUUCCAAAUUACCUUCUUGUAUUUUUGGCUUCACUCUCUAGCAGAGAUACUGUGGAGGAAAACCACCUGGAUUCAACUGGGGACCAACUGGAUCUGAUUACACCUUAGGAACCAGCAGUGGCCACCAGCUAGGAUGAGUGCCUGCACAGCUGGACAUUUAUUUAUAUGCUUCCUUCUCUGAAAUAAAUGAUGGACUGGGA